AUGGGUAUCUCUUUCUCGAUACCUUGUGAUCCGUGUAUAAACAAAAUCUCUAACUGGAGUGACGAGAAAGUAGCUUGUAUACAUAAUCUGGAGAAGAAUCUCACGGCUCUGGUGACAACCAUGGAAGAGCUCAAGGCUAAGCGUGAUGAUUUGUCAAAAAGGGUCACAAGAGAUGAGGAUAGAGGUCAGCAAAGGCUUGCCGAAAUCGAGAGAUUGGAGUCCCGUUUCCAACAACACAAAACGGAUGCAAAGUUGCCUUCACCACUCGUUCCCAAGAAGUAUGUGAUCAUGGGGGUUGAAGACCCAAUGGAAGUCCAAUGUUUAGCGGACAAUGAAGCAUUUGAUUUGUUCCAAAAGAAGGUUGGACAAAGAACAUUAGGAAGCCAUCCGGAGAUCCCUGAACUUGCAAGAAUAGUUGCUAAAAAAUGUUGUGGCCUACCAUUGGCACUCAAUGUCAUAGGGGAGACCAUGUCAUGCAAGAGGACGAUACAAGAAUGGCGUCACGCGAUAGAUGUUUUGACUUCGUACGCUAUAGAGUUUUCUGGCAUGGAAGAUAAGAUCCUUCCCUUUUGA